GAAUUGCGUUCAGCCACCAGGCUUGCAGCUCCUCCCUUGCAUGUUUCCUGGGUCAAUAUGUUCGACAGCCAGACGUUGUAUAUCUAGUCAUCUCAAGUCAUUUCAUUCUUCAGCUACUCGUCAAAGCUUCGGUGCAACCCAAAUGAACUGGUCCGCCACAGUCCUCACGUCUGCUACGUCCGACACAGAUCCCAGUGUCCUCGUCACAUUUAACGAUGCCAAGUACCUCUUCAAUGCGGGAGAAAGCUUGACCAGAGCAUGGGCUCAUGGCAACCGCGGCUGGAAGAAGAUCAGCGCCGUCUUCGUGACGUCGGCGACGUCGCAGCGGGCUAAUGGGCUGCCAGUGGCUUUCUGUCCGUGCUCCGCCCGCUGUGCAGGAUAGCUCAAAUUGCCUCGUCCCGGGUGACGUUCUCCUCGUUCUAGUUCAUUCUGUCAGACGUGCACACAGGCGGAGUCAGUUGGUCUUGGUAUCUAUUUGGUGUUUCUGCC